GCUUGGAAAUCAUCACAGCCCAACCUGCCGUGCUCCCUCCUCCUUCCUUAAGCCUUGGACCGACUACAUCCCGUUGCUCGAGUCCCGCCAACCAAAGUGCAAGUGGUUCGGACGGGAGCCUGGAGCUUGCUGCUGGAUGACACGAGUUCCUUACACCUGUCCACGUCCCCGCACAGUGAAAGGAAGAACGUAGCAGCUGGUGUGGAGCUGGUGGUCUUCUUCUCAGAUCAGUGUUGAUGGGGCUCUCCUCCCAGGCUGCCGGCUUCAUCACACCAAUGUGCAUCACUCCUGUUGUUUGAAAGAGACACUUACACAGCAGCUGGAACCCAGGAGACAGGAAGGUGAUCCAGUGGAAGAACAGCUUCCUUCCUGUCCAGCUGUAACAGCCACACCUGCACAGCAGCCAGCUACAUUCAGCAGUUUUCCAUGUCGAAGUCGGCCCAGAUGCCGCUGUCCAACAUCACGGUGCCAAAGCCCUCCAUCUCCAGGGUGCCCAGCAGCAUGGAGGGCAUCAACCAUGAGCUGGAGAAAGUCUUCAUCAAAGACAACGGAGAGAAGGACGAGCUCAAGUCUCUGGAGGUUCCGGAUGGGCGUCGGGCACCCUUCCCUCCCCAGCAGCGGAGCAGCAGUUCUCGCAGUGUGGACACCCAGACUCCUUCAGCCCCUGGGCGGUCCAGCAGCUGCUCCAGCCUCUCUCCUUGUCCCUCACCAGCCUGUCCUCCAGGGUCACAUGAUGGCAGUCCUUACUCCACAGAGGAUCUGCUGUAUGACCGGGAUAAAGACAGUGGCAGCAGCUCUCCGCUCCCAAAGUUCGCCUCCUCACCCAAACCAAACAACAGCUACAUGUUCAAGCGCGAGCCUCCGGAAGGCUGUGAGAAGAUCAAAGCAUUCGAGGAGAUGAGCUCCCGGCAGGCGGCGGCGGCAGCAGCCCCCCUCUUCUCCUGCCCCGACAAAAACAAGGUCAACUUCAUCCCAACGGGCUCGGCGUUCUGCCCCGUCAAGCUGCCCGGCUCCCUGCAGCUGGCCCCCGCCUCGGGCCCCGAGGAGGACGACAGCAAUGCCGGGGCUGGCCAGGGUGCCGCCUCGCUCUACGGGACCCCCACUCAGGUUUCCACCAGCACCAGCACAGACGACCCCCCGGAGGAGCCAGGGUCCCCGUCAGAGACUGCUGACUCCCAGACAGACAGCUAGAGCUGGGCGGGGCCGCCAUCACCACCACUGACUGUCCCACCGGGAGGGCCUCGUCUCUCUGUGCUGACCCCCUCCACCCCCAUCCUAUCACUGCAUGACGUACAAUGUCCCUUCAUUUCCACCCAGACAGACGCUCGGAGCCGUGUGCAGGGAGCCGCCGGGGGAGGGGCCCUGUCCAGGGGUCCCCAGGAACACUCCAGCACCAUGGAGGGGGGGGAGGGGCAUGCAUUUUAAACUGGUAGUAGAUUUCUGAUUAAAUUAUGUGUUGUGUUCUGUUUCAACAUUCACAGUAUGAAUAAGCUGUAAACGUAUCCACAGAUAUAUCCAGACACACAUAGCUCUAUGAAAGACAGGAACAGCUCGGUGAAACCUCUGGACUGGUUUACUGUGACGGAACGAACCGGAACAAUCCGCUGCACUUCAGGAUUCUGUUUACACUAUCAGCUCACAGGAAGCCCUGACUCCAACAGAACACAAUUAGAGCCUAGACCACAGAAAACUGUUACCAUGGCCACAGCCACUGCACAGUGUGUGCAUCUGGUCGUGGUUUCAGGUGUUUCACAAUCAGAUUCUAUACUCAGGUAAAUUGGAAUGUGUGUCCAUACAAAGUAUCUGCAGCUCCACAAAGCAGAUCGAUUCCCUGUCAUGUCAUUCCUAGUUUCUCUCCAUUCCCAGACGGAUCGCUCCGUGGGCCUCAGGGCCCGCUUAGGGGCCAGACUGGUUCCCAGCCCGCAGCUGGAGCACUGUAGGGACCACACACACUGUGUGCAGAGGUGUAUGUGAGGAUGAAAGCGUUUCCACCAGGAUUUGGAAAAUGCAGCAGGGGUUGAUUCUGUGUCUCAGAGCAGAGCGGAUCCCCCUGCUGACGGUGGGCCGUCACAUCAAACCCAGACAGUUGGUCCUGCAGGAAUGCAGACUGGAUGUGUAAAUAUUCAAACAUUUAUUCUGAAACAUAGCUUUGUAUUAGCUUCAUAACCUUUUGAGGUUGAUGAGAAUAUGUUAAAGUUGGAUAAAUGAGGAAUUCCCACUUGUAUGUAUGGAAAGACUUUUUGUCCAUCUAAUCCAAGAUAAAGUUUAUUUAGAUUCCACAAAAUGGCCUCUGUGUCUUAAGCAGUCAAGCAGCCAUGGGCGUGACAGAGAUCAGAAUCAGAGAAGUUUCAGUUACUCAGCAGGUCAGAGAGAAAAAUCUGAUUUAAAAAAACCUCCUGCUAAAAAGACCUCCUGCUAUUUUCAAUCUACAUUCCAGACCUUUGAUGAUCAUUUUAAAGUUAGAAACAGAUAAAGUUCAGGGAGCUGAGCUGUGAGUUAUCAGAGAGAAGCUUGUAUUUCCUCUGGAUUUUUAAAUAAGAAAACUGCAACACGUUUUUUUUUCUCUUUCCUUAAGAUAAAAAAAUAUUAAGAAUUGUCCAGAAAGAGUCUGACUAGUGCAUUUCUCUUACUAUAAAUAAAGGCAUUAAAUAAAAAUUUACACAGAACUUUAAUUCCAUGCAAAAUUUCCUCUAAAGAAAAAAACCCCCAAAGCGGAUCAUGUUUGUGCUACACAGUGAGAAAAUGGUUGAUUUUCCUGGCAGAAAUUAUUCCCUUUUAUCUAUCCGUCAUUGUUUCAGACAACACAAACAAUGAAGAUGUUUGUUUAUAGCAUGUUAUGGAAGUCCAACAUAUCACAGCAGUUACAGACUGCCUGCUCAUUUCUUUCUUUCUGUUUUCAGACUGUCGGACUAAAAGGUCAGUCAGACAGGAUCUGUGUUAAAAUCCUUUUUAAGCAAAUAGUUCAGUUAAGAUCUGAGUGACUGCUGGCCUUAGGGAACUGAUCCCAAACCAUUUUUUUUACCGCUAAGAUAAACUGUAGGCAUAAUAAAUAAAUGUUUGUACUGAGCAUACCUCCAGUCUUCAUUCUAUUUCCAGAACAAACCUGAUCCAUGAGUGAAAUUCCUGAGAUUUGACCAUCCCAAACACAGAUGAUUCAUUCCUGAAGUUCCAUCGCUGUGAGAGCGGUAACAUGGAGAUGUGAGAUGAUUGGCUGCAGAUGCAACAGCGCCUUCAUCAGAUUAAAGGAACCCGCUGGCCUGCCUCCCUCUCACCGUCCAUCUGUUACCGCAGUGACGCUGCUGCCAAGCAACCAAACCCUGUCAGCAUCUUAUUUAUUCUGUACAAGAGUGAAUCAUAACCUGCAUUUAUUUUACUAUCUGGUAUGCUUGUUGACUUCCUGCAUUGACGUUCCAUUCCUAUUUUGUAUAUAUGUGGCUUUCGAAGAGGCUCAAUGCAAUGUUGUGGUUUCUAAGGACAUUUCAGCACCUUACCAAGAGCUUUAGCUUUCCCAGUAUCUCACAUAUGCUUGACAUGGGUAAACAAGUGUGUGCAAUAAUUUGAGAAAAAAACAAACAGAGGUGUUGUCAUCCAGGAUGUUGCCCGUUCUUUGACAUGUUACAUUGCUUUGGUGUUGAGUUCGGAGGCUGGAUCAGCAAGUAGCUUGUUGCUAAAGCCAUCUCCUCCAAGACCAGCACUGCGAGUGACCAGAGCACAUCACCGGCAGGCAGGGGUGUUCCUCAACUCACUACAUGAUACUUCCUUGUGUAACCUGCAGUGUCAAAGUUCAUGCACAAUGGCAAUAAAAUCUUGGUUGUUUUGCCCAA